UUAAGGAGAGUAGUACAAAAUAGUAUAAGAAUAAGAAAAGGCGAAGACAGAGAGAGGGAGAGAAGAGAAAGAGAAGGAAGGAGAAGAAAAUGUCGCUGGUGUGGUUAGAAGCCGUUCUGCCGCUGGGAAUCAUAGCAGGAAUGCUUUGUGUCAUGGGAAAUGCUCAGUAUUACAUCCACAAAGCUGCACAUGGCAGACCGAAGCACAUCGGCAACGACAUGUGGGACGUUGCCAUGGAAAGAAGGGACAAGAAGCUCGUUGAGAAGUUGUAUGCUGCCGAUGCUCCCCAAUAAGAGAUCUCUUCUUUUCCGGAAUCUUUGUUGCUGGAAUCCUAAGUAGUAAUAAAGUAAUCAUGAAGAAUCCUUGUAGGAAGUCUCAGAUAUAAUGUUUUACUUUUGUCGAUGUAUGUGAAUUUAUUCAUACUGCCUCUGGGAAAAUCACGUUUUCCUUGCGCUCAUUUAUGUUGGAGCUUUGUUUUAUUUCGAUAUCUUUGUAUCUGCUGCCCGUUCUGGACAUGGUUUUUUUUUAAUCAAUUGAAGUUGUAGUUUCAAAA